AUGCCGAUAAUUGACGACAAAUCGCAGCACUGCAUCCCAUUUCUACUGGAGCGUCUCCGCGUCCACUCGGCCCGGUACGGCGACGGUAAUACCCCGCCAUUCUUUUUAGGUCUCAAUGGCGUGCAGGGUGCCGGCAAGACCGUCCUGGUGUCAACUCUGCAAGAGACACUCCGUUCCGAGCCGUACUCGCUCUCCGUCGUGACCUUGUCGCUUGACGACCUUUACCUUACACACGCCGAUCAGUUUGCGCUGGCUCAAGCAAACCCAAAUAACCCGCUUCUUCAACAUCGUGGUCAACCUUCCACUCACGAUUUAGAUCUGGGUGAGAAGGUCUUUGCUUCGCUCGCGGCCGAGCAACCCACUGCUAUUCCGCAAUAUGACAAGUCUGCGUUUUCCGGGCAAGGUGAUCGUGUGCCUGAGUCGCAAUGGAAAGUCGUGAACCAGGAAGGACAGAAGAAAAUUAAGAUUGUCAUUUUUGAAGGCUGGUGUGUCGGGUUUCGUCCUCGGGAUGACCAAACUCUGCGCUCCAAGUGGGAAACUGCUGUGCAGCAAAAGGAGACCGGGAAUUAUCAAGGCCGUCUAGGCUAUGUUAAGUUGGAGGAUGUGCAGGCUGUCAAUGACGCACUGAAGCGAUAUGAUGCAUUGACUGAUAAAUUCGAUGCCCUGAUCCACAUAGAUGCUCAGAAUUUACGUUUUGUCUACGAAUGGCGCCAGGAACAAGAGCGUUCUCUCCGUGCAUCUAAGGGCACUGGCAUGACUGAGGAGCAGGUCAAUCAUUUCGUAGACGGCUACUAUCCCUCAUACGAACUUUUCACAGAAACCCUUCGCGAGGGUGUCUUCAAACCUGCGGUUCACCAUCCAGUUAUAGCCUCGUCAUCCGACUGGCAGGGUCGCCAACUUCGUCUUGUGGUGGACCGAAACAGAAGAGUACAGGAAGUGAUACAGAUUUGA